CACUUGCGACGGGAGCAGCUUCAGGAGGAGGAGCAGGAGGGCAAAGUCGAGGCGGGCAUGCAAAGUUAACCGCGGGAGGGGCAGGUAGCCGAGUAGCGGCCCCAGCGCAGCCCAACUCUCCUUCGCUCGCUCGCUCGCUUGCCCUCGACGGCGCACCGCCUGCCGCCAGCAGCGCCGCCCCAGCCCUGCAGCGCCAUGGUGUUGGACAGCUUGGCUCGCAUCAUUAAAGUGCAGCUGCCCGCUUACCUGAAGCGCCUCCCGCUGCCCGAGAGCGUCGGCGGCUUCCUCAGGCUGACAGUUUCAGAAUGGCUGCGGUUAUUGCCUUUCCUGGGUGUCCUUGCUCUGCUCGGAUACCUUGCUAUUCGUCCAUUCCUCCCCAAGAAGAAGCAGCAGAAGGAUAGCUUGAUCAAUCUCAAGAUCCAGAAGGAGAACCCCAAAGUAGUGAACGAAAUCAACAUUGAGGACCUUUGUCUCACGAAGGCAGUGUAUUGCAGGUGCUGGCGCUCAAAAACGUUCCCUGUCUGUGAUGGCUCCCACAAGAAGCACAACGAGUCGACAGGAGAUAAUGUGGGCCCAUUAAUACUCAAAAAGAAAGAAGUCUAGCAAGCCUCCCUAACUAAGCCACGACUGACGGGAAGACCACUUAAUACCCACGUGGUAGUGCUUUCAGUCUAAUAGUUACUGUAGACUUGAGCUUUGAUAUCUCUUUAGGUUACCUUAGUUUUAUAGACUGUGAUAGACAUGUGAUAAUAUUUUUUGUAUGGUCUCAAAAGCCAUGUCCAACUUAACGAAGAAUGGUCCCUGUAAACAUCUUUGUACUGUACGUGCGUUUUCACUCUCGUAACAAAAUGAUCGCUCCCAGAGUUGCAAUUUAACCAGUAAUAAAAUGUUAAGGCGCCAUAUACAGUAUGUACCCUUUCUCUGCUUAAAAUAAGCACAUCUACACUACAGAUUUAAAUGUGUCUGAAACUAGCUUAACUGUUGUGACUUUCACAAAAUAAUUCUGGGAACAGAAGUUUUAUCUUGAUCCUGUUGACAUUUCGUUUUUGUUUCACCAUCAUUUUUUUUUUACCACUGUGGUCCUUCCACAAGUGAAGACGGCCUUGCCUAUGGCAUACCUGGUUUGAGGAGUAUGGCAAUGGUUAAUAAGCCCAGUUGAAAAUAAUUAAAUCUAAGAACAAUGUAAUUGCUGUCACAGUCCAUUUUACGGCUGAUAUUGGAUGAAAGGUGGCAUUUUUUCCUGUAUAAGCAACAACGACUAAGGCUUCUGCUCACAACAAACAAAAAACCCAAUUUUUCUGAAACAAGGAGUGUCUUAAACUCUUAUUUGUUUGAAUAGCCCCAUCUAUGCCACACUCAAGAAUCAUUUCCCCAAAGAGACUCAUGUUGUUCUGAUCUCCCUGUACAUCUCAACACACACUUAAUUCCUAAUUCCAUGCACAACCAUAUAAUGUUAUAGACAGUCAUGAUCUGAAUUCCAAACAAUAUUAGGUUUUAUGCUCUGUUUAUGCUGUGG